AUGCCAACCCCAAAAUUAACCCCUCAAAAAUUAGAAGAAAUCAAAAGACGAGAACAAUUACAUGUUAGAGGUGAUAUGACCGGUCAUCGCUAUGAUUAUGGUUUACAAAGUUUUGCCGAAAAUGUUCGGUAUUAUGUAAAUCAAGGAGAUAACGAACAAGCAAAAAAAGAACGGAGCAAUCAAGUCAAACGCGACCUAAUAAAUUGUUGUUUAAAUCCCCGCACUCGCCAAUUUAUCCAAGAUAAUAUCGCUAAAAUUGAGCCUUAUUUUGAAGGUAAUCAAUCAGAUGGUCGUGAGCCUUCCCCUCGUCUCCAAGCAGUUGAAAGUUAUUACUCUAUGAUUUGUGUAAUGCGGGAAAUAUUGGAAGUUAUAGAGCAAGAAAUUGGAAGGGAGCAAUUAAACAGGAAUUUCGGUGAGGAAAGAGGAAGGCAAAUGUUUAAUGAUAUUUUUGCCGAGGGAUUGUUGAGAGGACGAGAGGAAAUUCCUCCUUCUAAUCAAAAUAGAGGAGAAGGCAACCCACCUCAAAAUGACGAAAAUAAUAAUAUACCUGAUGAUAUACCUAGGCCCGAGGAAAAUAGAGAACAAAGGGGUCGUUCUCACUCUCCCGCAAGAGAAGCAGGAGAACAGCAAGCAAGAGGUGAAAGACCUGAUACUCCUCCCAAAUUUGAUUUUGGUUCCUCUACUCUCAAUGACAUUUUAAAUGGGAUGAGUGAGGAGUUGGAAAAAGAUGGUAAAGCAGCGGGUAAUGAUGAACCUUUUACUCCCAGUCCUGGUUUAGCCAAAAACCUCGGCACAGCAGAAAAACCAAUUAAAGGCUUUCAACGAUUAGUAAAAGAUGAUGACUUACCAACGGAAAGAGAGGGCGAAAAAAACCACCUGUUAAUUACCGGUAAAAGAGAGGAUGACAAAAGAGCCGAAAAAAUGGGCUGGACUGCUUGA